GCCGUUUGCCAGAGAUCAGUUGAUUGCCAGCCACCGGGGACUCGAGACACUUCGCCAGCGACUCGAGAAUCAAUCAGAGCGUUGAAUAGCAUUUGAUCUGGGAAAAUGGCAAAAUUGCAGCUCUUGUUUACAACCCUUUUGCUGGCCUUUUUGUGCUCUGAGGCCCAGCAAUUUGGCAAAGCCAUCAUGCAUUUCGGCAACUGCAACUCGGCGGAAUUCGGCAGAGGCACCUGUAUCGAGAAAAAGGACUGCGACUUCUACGCCGUGGAUAAACUCACGGAUUUUGCCAGCAAACAACAGUGUUUCUCCCGCCAGCGACCAGAUCUGGUUUGCUGUCCCCGCGAGACGAACAUCAUACCGCCACUGGGUCCUCGGAUCGCGAAUGACACCACCGCCGGUGGGGUGAACACCAGCUCCAGCACCCAUAUUGUGCCCAGCACCAGUACGCCGUUGAGACUGGUGGCCCGGACCACGCCACGCCCACCCACGGGCGUGGAUCAACUGCCCCAGCAUCCGUACUGCGGAUCGGCCUUCUCGUUCCGCGUGGUGGGUGGCGUGAACACGGGCCUCUUUGAGUUUCCCUGGACCACGCUGCUAGAGUAUGAACUGCUGGGCGGUGGCAAGGACUUUGCCUGCGGGGCCUCCUUCAUAGCGCAGCGAUGGCUCCUCACGGCGGCCCAUUGUAUACAAACGCCGGGCAGGAAUCUCACGGCGGCAGUGUUGGGCGAAUGGAACCAGGACACGGAUCCGGACUGCGAGAAUAACCUGAGUGGCGUGAGGGAAUGUGCUCCACCGCACAUUCGCGUGACCAUAGAUCGCAUUCUGCCACACGCGCAGUACUCAGAUAAGACCUAUGUGAAUGACAUAGCUUUGCUGCGAUUGUCGCGUCCUGUGAACUGGCUGCAAAUGCAAUACUUAGAACCCGUUUGCCUGCCGCCACAAAGAGGCAAGUUGGCCAAUCGACUAGUAGGCUCAGCUGCCGAUGUUUCGGGCUGGGGCAGAACGGAGUCGAGUGGCAGCAGCAAGAUCAAGAGGAAGGCCAUGCUGCAUGUUCAGCCGCAGGAUCAGUGCCAGGAGGCCUUCCUCAAGGAGUCCAAGAUCGAGCUGACGGACAACCAGAUGUGUGCUGGCGGUGAAAUCGGCGUGGAUUCGUGCAGCGGCGAUUCCGGUGGACCACUCACCGUGGAGGCCAACACCCCGAGGGGCAAUCGAUAUGUCUACCUGGCCGGAGUGGUCUCCUUUGGUCGGGAUCACUGUGGCACGGCCCUCUUUUCGGGGGUCUACACUCGGGUCAGCAGCUACAUGGACUGGAUCGAGGACACCAUCAGGGCCAACCGCGUUUGAGCAAGCGAUUACACACCCAUAUUGUGACAUUCGAGGACAUUAAAACGAAUUUUUUUCAUAUUUAUUAUAAUUUUUUGUAUUUAAAUCGCAUUGUGGAGAAAGAACCCUAAAUGAUAUUACCAUUUGAUAAACACCAAUAUGAGAUGAAAUCUAAACAAUAAAUUUUCAAUAUUGAAAUACAUUAA